AAAAUUUUGAAGAGCAACUUAAGAACAUGCUUUAGAUGACUGUGUUUUUUCCGACGUGAUAGGUUUAAAAAUUGUAUUUUUUGGAAUUACAGUCUACAAAAUGAAUAUUACAUCUGCAGCGGGAAUAAUUUCCCUUUUGGAUGAACCUCGAUCCGAAUUAAAAGUGUUUGCAUUGAAGAAAUUGGAUUCUAUAGUGGGUGAAUUUUGGCCAGAAAUUUCUGAAGCUAUUGAGAAGAUAGAAAUUUUGCACGAAGAUAAAGUGUUUCAACAACAUCAGCUAGCAGCAUUAGUAGCAAGUAAAGUAUAUUAUCAUUUAGGUGCAUUUGAAGACUCUCUUACAUAUGCUCUUGGAGCUGGUGAUUUGUUUGAUGUCAAUGCUCGUAGUGAAUAUGUAGAAACAACUCUAGCGAAAUGUAUCGACUAUUAUACUCAACAACGUAUUGCAUUAGCUGAAGGCUAUAAAGAUGCGAAACCAAUAGAUGAUAGGCUUGAAGCUAUUGUUAAUCGAAUGUUUCAGCGUUGCCUUGAUGAUGGUCAGUAUCGGCAAGCUUUAGGACUUGCUUUGGAAACCAGAAGAAUGGAUAUCUUCGAAGCAUCUAUUACACAGGCAGAUGAUAUAAGCAGCAUGUUAACUUAUGCUUUUCAGGUGGCUAUGAGUCUAAUUCAAAAUCGUGCAUUUAGAAAUACUGUACUAAGAUCACUUGUUGGCCUUUACAGAGGAUUAGCCACACCUGAUUAUGUGAAUAUGUGCCAAUGUCUUAUUUUCUUGGAUGAUCCUCUUUCUGUAGCUGAAAUUUUAGAUAAGUUGGUAACUGGCAAGGAAGAUAGUGAACUUAUGGCAUACCAAAUUGCUUUUGAUUUAUAUGAAUCAGCAACUCAACAGUUCUUGGAAAGAAUACUAGUAGCAUUAAGGGCCACUGCUCCACUGCCGUCAUUGCUGGAAGAGAAAGUAAAACCAAAAGUUGGUGAAAUUGAUGCUACUAUAUCUAGUGAAGCUGGAGAAGCAGCUUCAACAAAUGUUGAAGUAAAAGAAAAAAAAUCUAUAGAAAGUCUAUCUGAUCAAGACAAGGAGCAUCAAAAGAGAAUUGAAAAACUUCAUACUAUUCUUGCAGGAGAAGUUUCUAUUGAACUCCAUUUACAAUUUCUGAUUAGAUCAAAUCAUGCUGACUUACUUAUUCUGAAACAAACUAAAGAGACAGUUAGAGUUAGUAUUUGUCAUACAGCAACAGUUAUCGCUAAUGCAUUUAUGCACAGUGGUACCACUAGUGAUCAAUUUUUAAGAGAUAAUUUAGAAUGGUUAGCUAGAGCAACGAAUUGGGCUAAGUUGACUGCUACAGCUUCUCUAGGUGUUAUACACAGAGGUCAUGAACAAGAAGCCCUCACACUUAUGCAAAGUUAUCUUCCCAAAGAAGUUGGACCUAGUUCUGGUUACUCUGAAGGAGGGGGUCUUUAUGCUCUUGGACUAAUUCAUGCUAAUCAUGGUGCAAACAUAAUUGAUUACCUGCUGGGGCAGCUUAAAGAUGCUCAAAAUGAAAUGGUUAGGCAUGGUGGAUGUCUUGGACUUGGUUUAGCUGCCAUGGGUACUAACAGACAAGAUGUCUAUGAACAAUUGAAGUUCAAUUUAUACCAAGAUGAUGCCAACACCGGAGAAGCAGCUGGUAUUGCUAUGGGCAUGGUCAUGUUGGGUUCUAGUAAUCCAACCACUAUAAUGGAUAUGGUAGCAUAUGCUCAAGAAAGUCAACAUGAAAAGAUUCUUCGGGGGUUAGCUGUAGGAAUUAGUUUUACAAUGUAUGGUCGUUUAGAAGAAGCAGAUAUGUUGAUUCAGCAGCUAACUUCUGAUAAAGACCCAAUAUUAAGAAGAUCUGGUAUGUACACAUUAGCUAUGGCAUAUUGUGGUACUGGACAUAAUCAAGCAAUAAGAAGAUUACUUCACGUUGCUGUAUCAGAUGUAAAUGAUGAUGUAAGAAGAGCUGCAGUAACAGCUUUGGGCUUCCUAUUAUUCAGAACUCCAGAACAGUGCCCAAGUGUAGUAUCUCUAUUAGCUGAAAGUUAUAAUCCUCAUGUACGUUAUGGUGCCGCUAUGGCUCUUGGUAUUGCGUGUGCUGGAACUGGUUUGCGUGAAGCAAUUGCACUUCUCGAACCAAUGGUUAUGUUUGAUCCUGUGAACUUUGUCAGGCAAGGUGCAUUGAUUGCUUCUGCUAUGAUUUUAAUACAGCAAACUGAACAAACUUGUCCCAAAGUAACAUUUUUCAGACAAACUUAUGCUCAAGUUAUUUCUAACAAACAUGAAGAUGUUAUGGCUAAAUUUGGAGCUAUAUUAGCUCAAGGUAUAAUUGAUGCUGGAGGCAGAAAUGUAACUUUGUCUCUACAGUCGAGAACUGGCCAUACAAAUAUGCUGGCAGUAGUAGGCACACUUGUAUUUACCCAGUAUUGGUACUGGUUCCCACUUUCACAUUGCUUGGCAUUGGCAUUUACACCAACAUGUGUUAUUGCUCUAAACACACAACUAAAGAUGCCUAAAUUAGAUUUCAAGUCCAACGCAAAACCUAGUUUUUAUGCUUAUCCUGCUCCUAUGGAAGAAAAGAAGCGUGAAGAAAGAGAAAAGGUAACAACUGCAGUUCUCAGCAUAGCAGCUAGGCAACGUAGGAGAGAUCAUGAACGAAAACAUCGUGAUGAAAAAAUGGAAGUUGAUGAAGAAAAGGAUGAUAAAAAGCCAACAGAAAAAGAUGAUAAAGAGAAAAAGUCUGAAGAGAAAAAAGACGAGAAAAAAGAAGAUGACAAAGAAAAAAAAGUUGAUGAUAAAGAAAAGAAAGCUGAUGAUAAAAAAGCGGGUACAUCCCCAGAAGAUAAAAAAGAGGAGAAAAAGAAGGAACCAGAACCAGCUUUUGAAAUAUUACAAAAUCCAGCAAGAGUAAUGAGGCAGCAGUUGAAAGUUAUCUCACUUAAUGAUAGUAGUCAACAUGUUGCUAUGAAGGAUGUUUCUAUUGGAGGUAUUAUUAUGGUUAGAAAUUUGAAAUCCGGAGAAGAAGAAUUAGUUGAACCUGUAGCAGCGUUUGGUCCUAAAGGCGAAGACGAAAAAGAACCAGAACCUCCAGAACCUUUUGAAUGGACUGAGGAUUAGGCAUAAUUCUUCAUUCAGUCUAUUAUUGUAUUCUACUAAUAAUCAUUAAAAUUAGAUUUUUGUUAACACUUGAAAUUAAAUUAUUAGAAUUUCAUUUAUAAUAA